AUGAACACCGUUAAGAAGGUUCUUUCCGGCCGUAAGUCGCACUCGGGCGACGAAUCGUCGGAUGACGGCCGUCUCUCGUCGUCGACCGCCCCCACCUCGAACUCUGGCUCGCCCGCUCAGCGUCAGAAGGAGGUCGGCUCUAUUGGUGCCGCUGGUACCGGUGCAGCUAUCGGUCACAACCACAACGCCGAGACGGGCAACGUCCUCUACGGCAGCCAGAAGAGCACCAAGGCCAACACCACCACUGGCACCAACGGUCUUGGUCUCAACAACACCGACCGUACCGAAGCCACUACUGGCAAGCGCUCCACCGUCCAGAAGAUCGAAGACAAGAUCGAGCACGGUCUUGGCCGAUCUAGCGAUGUUCACGCUACCGACGGCAGCAUCCGACACAAGCACGGCCAUGAUGUGAGCAGCAGCAAGCACCUCGACCUGAGCAGCGGCAAGGUGGACCAGGAUGUCCAGCACCUCGCUGCUGUUACGCACGAGACACACCAGCGUCACGAGGUUGAGGAAGUGACUCGGGAGCGCGAGCACGAGCGCCACGUCCACCACAUUCAACACCACGUCCAGCCCAUUGUUGACUCGGAGCACUCUGCCGAAAAGGUGCACGCCAAGAUCCACCCCGUGACGCGUGUUGAAGAGACGCACGCUUCCACCGACAAGGACGCUGAGCUGCUCACUGCAGUGGCCGGCAAGCAUGCCGACCAAUACGUCGAGGCCCCUCUGCACCGCCAGGUGGUCGACAAGGGUGAGCACGUCAAGGAGCACAUCCACCACCACAUCCACAAUGUUGUGCAACCGGUGAUUGAGAAAGACUCGCACGAGUACCACCGCAUCCAAACGGUGAUCCCCACGCAUGUGGUCACCCACGAGGCACCCAUCGUUCACGAGUCGACUCAGCACAAGCCCGUGACCAAGGACGAGUUCCUUUCGGGUGGUGGCAGCCUCACCAACAGCCUCAAGUCGGUUCACGAGGCCAACUUGCUCAACACGGGCAAGUGCGACCGAAAGGUGGACGGUGUCGCCGAGAAGCUCGAACGCGAGCUUGGCCUCAACGGCGGCCACCAAACUUCGUCGUUUGCUCCCACUUCGACCACCGGCACCAAGAACACCACCACCACCACCACCACCACCGCUAUUUAA